UCCAACAUGGCUGCGCCCACGUGAGAUUGUCAGGCUGUGCGGAAUAAAAAUCAAGUUUUAAGCAUAUGAGAACAGCUUUUAAGAAAUAAAAUGGGCCAGAAAAAGCAGAGGAAAGCCAGGAGGAAAAAUGGAGAUGAUGAUUCGGACGGAGAGGGAGAAUUUGAGCUUGUGCCAGAGAUGGACCCCUCUGUGCUGAAGUACAGUUUCCCCAGUACUGACUCCACCUCGGAUGUGGAGCCUGACAUCAGACAGCUCGUCACUGCACAGAACAAGAAGAAGAAAAAAUCUGGCGGCUUCCAGUCAAUGGGUCUGUCUCAUGGUAUUUUCAAGGGGGUUAUGAAGAAAGGAUACAAAGUCCCAACACCUAUUCAACGAAAGUGCAUCCCCCUCAUCAUGGAUGGUAAGGAUGUAGUUGCCAUGGCGAGGACGGGGAGUGGGAAGACCGCGGCGUUCCUGGUCCCCAUGUUGGAGAGACUGCGCGCCCACAGCACGGCGGGCGCUCGCGCUCUCAUCCUCUCACCCACCAGGGAACUGGCACUGCAGACCAUGAAGUUUACUAAAGAGCUUGGCAGAUUUACUGGUCUGAGGGCAGCUCUUAUUCUUGGUGGAGAUAGCAUGGAAGAUCAGUUUGCAGCUCUACAUGAGAACCCAGACAUAAUCAUCGGCACGCCCGGCCGCCUGCUGCAUGUUCUGGUGGAGAUGGAACAGAAACUGAUGACGGUGGAGUACGUCGUGUUUGACGAGGCUGACAGGUUGUUUGAGAUGGGUUUUGCAGACCAGUUACAGGAGAUCAUCGGCCGUCUUCCCGAGGCACGACAAACUCUGCUGUUCUCUGCCACGCUGCCCAAGCUGCUCGUACAGUUUGCACAAGCAGGCCUGAAUGACCCAACUCUCAUCAGACUGGACGUGGACACUAAGAUCAGUGAACAGCUGCAGAUGUCGUUCCUGGCGCUGCGUGAUGCGGACAAGCCGGCCGCUCUGCUGCACCUGCUGAGGAGUGUGGUGAAACCUGAGGAACAGACCGUCGUCUUCCUGGCUACUAAACACCACGUGGAGUUUGUGAAGGAGUUACUGACCUGUGCAGGAGUGGCGUGCAGUGCUGUGUACAGCUCACUGGAUCAGACAGCCAGGAAGAUCAACAUCGCUAAGUUCUCCCACAAGAAGACCAGGGUGAUGUUAGUGACAGACAUCGCUGCCCGUGGGAUAGACAUCCCCAUGCUGGAUAACGUCAUCAACUACAACUUUCCCUGCAAACCUAAGCUCUUUGUGCACAGAGUCGGCCGAGUGGCGCGCGCCGGCAGGUCAGGUACAGCCUACUCCCUGGUGGCUCCAGACGAGACACCCUUCAUGUUAGACCUGCACCUGUUCCUGGGGAGGGCAGUCAAGGUCGCAGGCAAGGACAACACAACAGAAGACUGGGAUGGUUUGUAUGGUAAAGUUCCCCAGUCUAUCCUGGAUGAUGAGGACGCUAACAUCCGUGUGUACAUGGAGACAUGUCUGGAGCUGGUCAGUCUGCGGCGCGUGGCAGACAGGGGGUACAGCGCCUAUAUCAAGUCACGGUCAGCCCCCUCACACGAGUCAGUCAGACGCAUGAAGGGAAUGGACACAGCACACAUGGGCUUCCACCCAGUACUGGUUCCAGAUAGAAGUGAAGUAGAGGACAAGUUGGCAGAGUUUGUUGACGGGGUGAGGAACUACAAACCCAACAGUACCAUUUUUGAGAUCAGUGCGACCAAUAAGAACCCUGCGUUUUCUGUGAUGAAGAGUAAGAGAAGUGUUCACCAGGGAGUCAUCCGACGCCUGCAGGACCAGAGAAGCAGCAAACAGGAAGUAGGGGGCGCUGCUCAGCAUGCAAGCAACACAGAAAUGACCUCAGAACAGGAUAUUGAGGAGACAUUUUCUACAGUUGUAGCCCCCGGACACAAGAGGAAACAUCCCGCUGAGGGAGAGAAGGUGGCAAAGAAAAAGAAACAAGACUUCCGAGACGAGGAGCAUUUCUUACCAUACAGACCUCAGGACCACCACUCAGAGAAAGGACUUGGGUUGGAGAGCUCCUUCCAAGUCCAGGCUUCAGACGCCAUGUUGGAUCUGGCAGCAGAUGAGGCAGAGAAAGCAAAACAGCAGAAGAACCAACUCAAGUGGGAUAGGAAAAAGAAGAAGUAUGUGAAGGAGGGAAUAGACUUGAAGAAGAAGAAAAUUAAGACAGAGAGUGGAACCUGGGUGUCGGCUUCAUUCAAGACUGACUCAUACAAGCGUUGGUUGCAGCAGAGCAAAAUGAAGGAGCAGGAGAGAGAGGAGGAGGAGGAGAAAGGGCAGGAACAGUCCACUGGGCAGAAAUGGGGGAAGGGGAAAAAGCAAUGGAAGCGCAAGAAAAUAGGAAAAGACAGGACAGGAGGAGGGGACAAGUUUGUCAGGGACAAGUCGUCAGGUCAGAAGAGGAACCAGGGAGGAGUGAGACGACCUCGCUCAGAACUCAGGUCUACAGACCAGAUCCUGAAGACCAGGCUGAAGAAGGAGAGAGAGCAGGCCUUCCAGGGAGCACGCAGAGCCAUGAAGCAGAAGAGAAGAGCCAUGGCAGGGGACAAAAAACACAGAUAGUUGUUAGAUUGUAUCUGGAAAGUUCAUCUGUGUUGGCAGAUGUCAUUAUGAAGUAAGUUUGAAUUAUCUACAUGUAGAUCAGGGCAUUGCAACCAUCCCCGUGUCUGCAGCAUACAUGUAUAUGAUCCACUUCUCUUCCAGUCACGUGUGUCAUCUGCAUAAGGUGGUGUCAUGGAAGCGGUAGACUGCUGGUUACUUGACAAAAACUAGAGUUGUACAGUCUAAACUUUGGGUGAGUCCAACUUCUUUUGUUGGAAAUUACAAUUCAAACUUGCUUCUUAAGACAGAAAGUUGUCCAUGAUCAAUAUAUGUUUCUAAUACAUGUAAACACUGAU